AGCUCGUUCAUAGGUUGGAGUUGGGUGUCAGUGCUGUGGGCGUGAGAGUAACAACAGGGCCUUAGUCCUCGUUCUGUCUUAGUUGCUGUCGCCGGCCAUUAAGGGUCUCUCCCCGUGUGACCAUUAUGGAUGGUUUCCGUGAGGAUCUGGUGAGCGCCCUGAAGGAAGUGGUGAGCAACAGCAACUGGCAGUGCGUGGGCGACAAAGAGAGCUUCAAGUCCCCCUGUACCAAGCUUUAUUCUGAGGAUGGUGAGCAUGUGGUUUUAAUCCACACAAAAGACGAUAAAUUCUAUGCCAUGGAUUCUGCGUGCCCCCAUGAAGGGGGACCAUUGGAACAAGGGGACAUUGAAGAACUGUGCAGUGGUCGCUUGGCAUUAAUAUGCCCAUGGCAUGAUUUUGAAUUCUGCUUGGAAGAUGGCUCCUCAUCUUCUGGACUACAGAACCAAGUGUAUGAGGUCAAGGUUUGCAAUGGAAAGGUUUAUAUCCAAUCUCAGAAUGCAUUGUCACACACUCCUUGGAAGGAAACCACAUGUCAACACUCUGUCAGUAUGAUGAAUGCGGAUAGUCCUCAGAGCUCAGAAUCAGACACCAGCCUUUGUUAUUGGGCAUGCAAAAUUCUCAGCACUGCAGAUCCAGAAGACAAGGCAAAGCUUACACUGCAAGUACAAUCUAUGUGGCAGUCUGGAAAGAUUAAAGAAAUUGGCCUUGUGGAGCCCCCUGCCCAGCCAAGUCGUAAGGAGAAUUUGACCAUAGUACAACCCGGCAGAAUCAAGAGGGGAAAGGGAGGCACACUAGCCAGUAGGAUUGCUUUACUGCACUCCUUAGCAAACAUUGAGCAGUGGGCAAUAGACCUCUCCUGGGACAUCAUUGCCCGUUUUGCCGGAUUCCAUCUGAGCAAUGGAGAAAAGUUACCUCAAGAAUUCUUCUCUGACUUUCUCAAAGUGGCAGGAGAUGAAGCAAAGCAUUAUAGUUUGCUGGAGAAAAGGCUAUCAGAGCUAGAUAGCAAGUUUGGUGAUCUUCCUGUACACAAUGGAUUGUGGCAGUCAGCAGCAGAAACAGCACAUGAUCUAUUGGGACGUUUGGCUAUUGUGCACAUGGUCCAUGAAGCAAGAGGUUUAGAUGUUCACCCUCAGACACUGCAGCGAUUUUGUGCUCAGGGAGAUGAGAGCUCUGUUAGAAUACUGGAGGUGAUUUACGCAGAUGAGAUCACGCAUGUAGCAACAGGGCUGAAGUGGUUCACCUAUAUUUGCACCAAGGAGGAGCAGGAUUGCCUUUCCACUUUCCACAAGUUGGUACCUUUAUACUUUAAAGGCUACUUGAAACCCCCUUUUAAUACCGAGGGUAGAAGCUCAGCAGGCAUGUCAGAAGAGUGGUACUUACCUUUGGUGAAACCAUCCUGAGUUCCUCUGUGACACAUGUGGAACAUUUACCUUGCUUGUUCUAGAGCAUUUUGCAAUGGAGUUUACCAAGCAGCAACACAACUACUUCCAUUUCACUCUGUUGUUUACCUCUGAUACAUCUAACAGUUCUCUAAUGUCUUGCAGUGGAUUCAUGACAAUGUGUUUUUUUUCUGAAAUCUGUCACACCUUCCUAAUUUAUUUAUUUUAAAUAAUCAUACUACAUGAUUGGUCAAGAAAAUUGUACGUUGUUGAAUAGAUAAGGACUAUGUUUCUAAUAUCUACAUUAUGGGUUUUCUAUUCAUUUUGCUGUACUGUUUUCCUAGGCCUUGCAUAGUGCAGGUCUGGCCAACAUUGCUUAGGAAUUGCAAAUAACAUUCUAACAGGUACAAAAGUGCUAGAACAAUAUUACAUUUUCGGUAUGUCACUCUGUAGUCAAUGUUAGAAUUAAUAUUUUAUUAAUUUACUGAACGCAAAUUAAAAAAAAAUGUUUUAAUAUCCCAGUUAUUUGUAUGAAGUUAAGACAAAUAAAAAAUGUGCUUUUCAAACCA